AUGGCGGCGCCUGGUGUCCAUUCUCUCAUUCCAGGAAUCAGUCUCUGGAAGAGUGAGGAUAUCAAAAGCAAAACACAUGUCAGUCCUCGGCCCACCACAGGAUUCAAGGUGUCAGCGUCGGACUCCCUCAGUGAGAAGACCAAACUGCUGGACGUGACCGCCUCAGUGAAGCUCAGCCUCAUCGGUGGGCUGAUAACAGCUGACGGUUCUGCCAAGUACCUCAACGAGAAAACUUCCUCUACUCGUCAGUGCAGUUUCACACUAGACUACCACGAGACCACAGAGGGUAGAGAGCUCAUGAUAUCUGAACUGGAUGUUCCAAGUCCUGAGGUCUUUGACAAGACAGAUGCUACACAUGUUGUAAGUCUGGUAAUCUAUGGGGCUGAUGCACUCAUGGAAUUCCAGGAAACAGCCAGCGAUGUUUCAAGCAAGCAGGAGAUCGAGGGAAAUCUAAAUGUUAUGAUCAAGAAAAUCCCAGGAAUUGAGAUCAGUGGGGAUGGAAGCCUGAAGAUGAAUGAUGAAGACAAGGAGAAGGUGAAGAACUUCAGCUGCAGGUUCUAUGGUGACUUUCGACUGGAAGAUCUCCCCUCUACAUUUGAGGAUGCUGUGAGGGUGUACAAACAGCUGCCCAGCCUGCUGGGAGAGAAAGGAGAGACGGCUGUGCCUGUGAAGGUCUGGUUGUAUCCACUGAGCAAGCUUGGUGACACAAAGUACAAGUUGAAGAAAAUGAUCUCAGACGAACUGGUGUCAGCAGUAGAGAAGGUGAUGGAUGAUUUCCACCAGGCUGAGAUAAGAUCCAAUGACCUGCUGGAGAGGAGCAAAGAGAUCAAGGCUGAAGAGAUCAUCCACAAACUGGAGAAGUUCCAAAGCAGCCUGAGGGAUUUCACCACUGAGUUUCUGGGGAAAAUAGGAGAACUGAUCCCAGCCAUUACAGAAGGUGAGAAGGAGGAAAUGGCUCUGAGAGACCUCCUGAAGGUCCAGGGUGCAUCUGGCUUCAGUGGGGAGGAUGUGAAGCAG